GUGCUAGAGGCUUAUAAGCAAGGUCUGAGACCAGCCGUUGGCUACGAGCUUAAUCCCUGGCUCCUGUGUCUCUCCCACUACCGGGCCUGGAAGGCUGGUUACCACGGGAAGGUUUCCUUCCUGAAGAAAGACCUGUGGAAGGUGAAUCUUUCUGAUUGCCACAAUGUGAUUGUGUUCCUGGCCCCCAGUGUGAAACCUCCCCUGGCCGCCAAGCUCCUUGCAGAACUCCCCGACGAAGCCCGGGUGGUGGCUGGACGCUUCCCCUUCCCCUCCUGGACCCCCACCAGCACCCUCGGGCAGGGGCUGGAGCAAGUCUGGGCCUAUGACAUGAAGGAGGUGCGGCGAGCAGCGCAGAGCAGCGCAGAGGGAAGCCGGGUCUAA